GUAAAACCCCAAGUUGACAACUUUUUUCAACUCAGCUUAUGACCCUAUGCUAUGGUUCUUGUCAAAGUUGGACACAAAUCUGCCAUUUCAAUGCUAAUAUUAAUCCAAUGAAGAAAACCCAUCGCUUAAAAAACGAUUCAAAUAACAAUAUCACUGUUCAAAAAUUUGCCACCAAAACCAAAGCUUCAUCAUCCAAAAGAUUCAAAAACAAGCAAAAAUCAAAAGAAUAUUCAAAACCCAUAUCAGAAUCUGAAGAAAACCUCCCAAUACCUCAAAUUAACACUACCCUUAUAGCUUUCUUGGAUAAAAAUCCAAUCUUGAGUCGAAAUUUUUACCAAAUUGAUGCUCUUGAUCUCGCCCCACGUUUGCUUGGCAAGUUCCUUAGGAGGGAUGAUGUUGUUCUUCAGAUAACUGAGGUGGAAGCUUAUAGGCCAAAUGAUUCAGCUUGUCAUGGUCGAUUUGGCAAAACAGCAAGGACUGCCCCUGUUUUUGGUCCUGGUGGUCAUGCAUAUGUCUACCUAUGCUACGGUCUCCACAUGAUGCUCAAUGUUGUAGCAGACAAGGAAGAAGCCGGAGCAGCUGUAUUGAUUCGUUCCUGCGCUCCCAUCUAUGGUCUAGGUACUAUUCAGCAGCGUCGGGGUUUAAAAACUGAGAAACCUGUUCUUCUUGCAGGUCCCGGAAAGGUUGGUCAAGCAUUAGGACUAUCAACAGAAUGGUCUAGCCACGCUCUAUACACAGCUGGCGGUUUAGAACUCUUAGAUGGGCCAGAACCAGAACAUAUACUUGUUGGUCCAAGAGUCGGUAUAGAGUAUGCUUUGCCAGAACAUGUUAAUGCAUUGUGGAGAUUUGCAAUCGCCGAUUCUUCAUGGAUCAGUGCCCCAAAAAAGACUCUCAGACCUCUUUAGCUCACCCAUGGGCGCCAUCAAUUCGUCCCCUCACUCACCAAGAGGGGGGCAGAAAGUGAGAAAAUAAGCAAGUUGUUGUAUAUGUGUAUAGGAGUUUUAGUCCUCUCCUUUCAAUUUACAUCCUUUUUGUGUAUAUUUUGGUUGAUUUAGCAUAUAACUCAAUCAUGUUCUUGGUUAUAUGGGCUUACAAAUAUGCCCCAUUUUGUUGGAUUAUCUUUCCUAAUUACGACAAUAACAGUGUAAUCCCACAAGUGAGGUCUGAUGAGGGUGGUGUGUACUCAUCUAUACUCGCAAGAUAUUGCAAAGUAGUUGUGGCUACGGAGUUUUAAAUUUUACCAGUGAAA